GUUGGGUCAACAACAUCGCUUCCCACUUUCCUAUGUCUGUCGGCGCUAUCAAAGCUAUCGACCGGGAAUCGGUGCACCGCAUCCACUCUGGGCAGGUUGUAUUAGACCUGCAAGGCGUUGUUAAGGAGCUGGUGGAGAAUGCGUUCGACUCCGGCGCAACAAGUGUUGAUGUGCGGAUCAAGGACCACGGGCUCGACUCUGUCGAGGUGGUGGACAAUGGAAGCGGGAUUGAACAGGCGGACUGGGCUUCCAUUGGCCUUAAACACCACACCUCUAAGCUUCCGUCGCUUGAGGGGCUCAGUCAGGUCCAGACCUUUGGCUUCCGCGGAGAGGCGCUGGCGGCGCUCUGCGCUCUUUGUGAGAGUGUCACUGUUGUGACAGCUACCAAAGAUACGGCACCGAUGGGCGCGGUGAUCAAGCUCGGACGCAACGGUGCGGUGGUGGACGACAGUGGGCGCGUCGCCCGUCAGCGCGGAACAACUAUCACUCUCAACGGUCUAUUCAAGACUCUCCCGGUCCGGCGCAAGGAGUUUGAGCGCACUGCCAAGCGCGAAUACAUGAAAGCCUUAGGCAUCCUGAAUGCGUAUGCGCUGGUGCCGGCCAGCAAGGGCCAUGGGCGAACCGGAGUGCGCCUCAAGGUAGAGUCGAUUGGUGCGGGAAAAGGAGGAAAGCGAAAUAUUGUGCUGGCGACCGAUGGGCGUGGCUCUCUUAAGUCAUCCGUUAGCGCCGUGUGGGGUCCCAAGGCUCUCGAAGGCGUCGUCGAGAUAGAUCUCGAGUUGGACGUUGAGAUCGAUCGCGCUAUGGCUCGCCGCGAGGGCAUCGAAGAGACAUCGGAGGCCGUCCGCGUGACUGGGCUCAUCUCAUCUGCAACAUGGGGGCAGGGGCGCUCUAGCGCCGACAGGCAGUUCACGUACAUCAAUGGCCGGCCCUGCUCACUUCCCACCGUGAUGCGCGCCGUCAACGACGUGUAUAAGAGCUUCAACACCAAUCAACUGCCGUUGGCCAUACUGGACUUCCAGAUACCCACGGAGAGCGUCGACAUCAACGUGAGCCCGGACAAACGAACGAUAAUGGUGCACAGCGAGGCGAACCUUAUCGAGGCUCUGAGAAAAGGUCUUGACGAGCUUUUCCAGCCAACGCGAUCAUCCUUUGCCGUUGGCGGGGCCUCGCACACCAUCAAGAUAACGCAAAAGGGCACUGAGGUGAACAACGAAGAGGCCGUGGAGGAGGCACAAGGGGAACUCUCAGCAGAGUCACAGCACUCAGAACAAUCGUGCGCGGGUGACCUGGCUGAGUUGGAUAGCGAAGAGGAGGAGCUUGGUGAGCUCGAUGACUCUCCCGGUGCGACGUCACGCCCGCCAACGCGAGCGUCGUCUGGCCGUGGUGGGAUGAGCCGGCCUUCACCACCUGGAUAUCGGUUGAAGCAACAGACUUUGGACACCACGACUGCAGCAUGGAGUCCGAACCGGAGGGAUGGGCCAUCAUCGGCAUUUCUCCGGACGCCAGUAACGGGCCGUGCAGCACGAAGCACAUUGCGUGACCGCCUCGCCGUAUUUGCCAGCCAAGGAAGCCGUCGAGGCGUCCGUGACGACGACAGCGACGAAGAAGUGGUUGAGAUUCUGCCCACGCGUACUUUGGGGCGGCCUGAGUCAUCCGCAGAGUUACUAGAGGAACAGGGAGUCACUAGUGAGGAGGAGCUCGGGCAGGAGAUCAGUGAUGCGGAGGAGACACCACCCGCGGUUGCCUACCCACACCGAGACGCGGCUGGUGCUUUUUCAACACCAAGGCCAGUGCUAACAACGCUCUCGUACCAUGACCUGGUCACCGAAGCGGAUCCAAAGCAACUCGACAAAGCACGAGUGUCCACUAGGUUGCAAGAAGCAGUUGCUAUCGAAGGGCAAGAAUGGACAGAUGCGGACAAUGAGGCUCUCGACGGUGCCACAAGCGACGUCUCCCUCACCAGUCGAUCACCGUCUCCAACCACCGAGCAGACGGACCAGCAACGCGAAGCCGUGCGAAUGGAUGUCGACGGCGAUGACGAACCAGCACUGGAUGGCUACCGCAAUGAGAUUAAAACGAUCGCCCCUGCCGGACACGCGACUCUGCGUUUCAACCUGGAAAAGUUGCGGGAGCGGUCCACCGCCCGUCGACGCAGGCGAGCUGACUGCGCAAAUAUCAAUCGAAGCGCCUUCACAACACUGCGUGAGGGCGCGGCGACUGAGGCGGCCGGUCUGGGUAAUCGCGAUGCCGAGGCCGCUGAGGACGCCCUCUCCCGCGUCAUCAGCAAGGAAGAUUUUGCUCGUAUGGAAGUACUCGGCCAGUUCAACAAGGGCUUUAUCAUUGCGCGGCUCAGGGGGCAUGAUACUGUCGGUGCGAUCAGCGGCUCGGACGAUCUGUUCAUUAUCGACCAGCAUGCCAGCGAUGAGAAGUACAACUUCGAGACGCUGCAGCGCACGACCAUUAUCAAGGCUCAGGCUUUGAUCAAGCCCCGUGCGAUGCAGCUAACUGCUGCAGAUGAGCUUGUCGCUAUGGAGAACUUGGAUGUCCUUAAAGCCAAUGGUUUCGAGGUGACGGUGGAUGAGGAUGCGCCUCCGGGGUGUGGCCAACGGGUCAGCUUACGGGCAAUGCCGGUCAGCAAGGAGACCACGUUUGACUUUCGAGACCUUGAGCAACUUCUUCACAUGCUGUCGGACAGCUCACGUCCCGAGGGGCAAACUGUGCGCUGCACGAAGGCCCGUGCUAUGUUUGCUAUGCGAGCGUGCCGGAAGAGUGUGAUGAUUGGCAAAGCUCUCACCAAGGCCCAGAUGGUCGCACUUCUCCGGAACAUGGGCACCAUCGAUCAGCCUUGGGUAUGCCACUCAACCGGGCAUCGCUGACAGUAGAACUGCCCUCACGGGAGGCCGACAAUGCGACAUCUAUCAAUGCUCUCGCGUCCAAGCCGCCCGCGAUCGGGCUCCGACCGGAUUGACUGGUCACGGGUCGAGUUUUAAAGCCCCAACCGUGCUUUGCUCGAGUCUCAUUGCGUCCAUUACCUACCCGCUCAACAGAACCUAUUCAUGCAUGCUCUUGCCUCGUCGGUUCCAGCAAGCUCGCCCUACUGCCUCCCCUCCGCUGUUUCGGAGCCGAACCAUGCCUCACCUGCCAAAGCUUUCGUUUGGACUUCCCUCUAAUCGUGCUUUGAAUCCGGC